UUUUUAAAGGGUAUCUUAAAAUAGAAGGGGUAUAAUAGUGAUAAUAAUGGUGGUCGAGACUAACGGUUUCGGUUCCCGUCGAGAAAUUUCUCAGGUUUUUUGAGCUCUCAGUCUCGGGGUCGAUUUUCAAUCUCAACUUUCGGCCUUUUUUAACUCCCGACCAUCCCUUGUAUCUAAUAUUGGGUGGAAGUUCGACUGUAAUAUUAAAAUUGUUCCCAAUUAAAAUAAAUUUUAUUUUCUUUCAAAGAUUGAAUUGGACUUUUGUUCAGAACAGACUGAAAUCUUAGUCAAAAAAUUUUCGUUAAUUACUCCUGAAAUGCAAACUGAUUUAUUUCUGAUUAAACGUCGAAGGCGUCGUUUUACUCAAUUACUUAAAGGAAGUGGAACUGUUGGUAAAUUAAAAGAAGAAAAUUCUAAUUCAAUUACUCCUCUAAGGCAUCAAGGGACUUCUUUACGAAAGAGGUGUUUUGAAUGA